AUGAAUGGAACAAAACUUGUUGCCAUCAUAUCUGAUGCCGCCAGCACUGGUAGGUUCCCUUUGCAUCUUGAUUCGUUUGAAGUUACCUGGAUUAAACCUUGCACUUUUUAAAUUCUUUUAAUACUUGAAAUUUGAGGGCAACCUUGAAGUUAUUUUCACACAAAGAAUCGCUGGCUCAGUGUCUGUUAGCGUUCAAGUGAGUUGCCAUUACUUGGAAUUUCGUGUAGAGACUCGAAAUUUAGAGUGAUGUUUCUUGACUUAAAGUUCUACUCAAGCAGGAAUAAAAGGUUUUCCUCGGGUAAAAGGAACCGCAAUAAAUAACGUGUAUAAGUGACAAGACAAGACGAUAAUUUACUUGGGGUCGUAUACCACCUGGUACAUCGACUGUUUUCCAAAUGAUUUAAUAUUACAAUAUUCUGUGUGAUAUCAUUUGUAAGACUCAUUGAAUUACACAGGUAUCUCGUUACACGCGGAUCUCCGAGCAGCCAAUCAGUGCCGCCGUGUUCAUGUGACCAUUGAGCUGCCUUGGAGUGCUGACAAAGCUGUUCAGCAACUGGGAAGAUCACACCGGUCAAACCAGACAAGGUACAUGCACUGCCCAAACACAAACGUUCCUAUCCCUUUGAUAUAAGCUAUUUUCUAAAGAAGAAGGAAAUGGUUGCGCGCUGCACGUUUACCAUUUUUUAAUUGUACCUCCGCUUGAUUAGCCUUGUUGGAAGGGUAGCGUUCUGCCAAGCAGGUUUAAACCCGCCGUUUAAACCCAACACCAACCAGGGUCUUCAAAAAACCUAUCAUAUCAUGCUGCCUGUUAUCUAAGAUCUUGUCUCAGUCCAGAUGAUCUGAUAGUCACGUCAGUGGGCGGUGAUGUUAAUCCAUUGGCCUUGUCUUAUUCAUCCUUUCUUAACAAUUCGAAGGGGACGUAAAAAGAACCCACACUGCUGUUGGAGAAGAGAGUGAGAGGUAGACCUCUGUGGUGUGGUUUAUCUCUCACGUGGAAGGGAACUGUCACGGGCCACAAUACUUGGCUUCACGCUUUUGCGGUUACCCUGCCAAGAAUUGGACAGUCUAGUAAAUCAAAAAAUAAAAUUCCUUGUGAUUAAAAAUCUGAAGGCUUUCCUGGAAUAUUACUACUUCCAUAAUAUCCUGUGUACAGCCGCCUUCUCCCCUUGGGAAAAAUCGGGAAAAGGGAGGGGGCGGCUUUACACAGGCUACUCCCAUGAUCACUUUUCUUUCGCCAAAAUCCCCUUUGUACCAUGGGAGUCAGAGGAGGGAGAUAUCACGUGAUAAUGUUCACCGUCUAAUUGGCGCGCUCGGGGGCUCCGCUUUUCUCCAGAGUUUUACUGGCUCUAAUGUUUUCUUUGUUUUGUUUUUUUUUUUAGUGGACCUAUCUAUAAACUUGUAACAACAAACUUGGGCGGUGAAAGAAGAUUUGCCGCGGCUGUGGCUCGACGGCUUCAGUCGUUAGGUAAUGUUAAAUGUUUGUCAAACUCGGAAAAUCGUGAACAUCUGACGUAUUUGUGAAUUAUUCUCACUCAGUUGCAAGGAAAAAGCUAAUCAGACCUAAAAACAAAGAAGCUGCAAGUAUCAGCGGUAAUUAGUUUGAGAAAGAUGAUUUUUAAGUCUGACACAGGCGGCUCGAAAUGAAAAAAUCCGAGUACACCCAUCCAACAGGAGUUAAAACUUUGAUCAUCUGUUUACUAGCCCGGCCAGAUGCUCUACCACUAAGCUACAGGGGUCACGUGGGAGCUACGGUCACUAAACUAGGUCCAUGUGGCAAACAUCCUGCAGACUUCUAGGACUAAAAUGUUGAUAUCUACUGAUGCAAUAUGAUAAGAGAUGUGAUGGCAGGGUGCAAAGAAAAUCAUUUUUAUAGCUUGCCAUUCGGGCAAGCUGAAGCUAGCAUUUACUAGCCCAGACAUCAUUUUAACUAGCCCUAAAAGCUUUUUGACGAGCAGAAUUGAUUUCACAGUUCUUCCUUUAUCCGAAUUGCUCAAAAAACAUCACUUGCUUAUCGGGCAAGUUAAAAAGAGAAUUCACCAGCCUGAUAACAAAAUCCACUUGCCCCGAGAUAUCGGACACUACUUUCUUUGCACUCUGGAUGGUGAAUUUUGAGCCUGGUGAAUACAUGAGAAAUAUGAUUUUUCAGUCAGUGACACAGGCGGCUUGGAAGAAAAACAUCCGAUUACUCCCAGUAGGCGGUCAAACUUAUAACAUUCUGGUUACUAGUCCAGAUGCUCUACCACUGAGCCACAGGAGAAGUUUUGGAGCUAAGUUCAUGUGUAAACAUCCUGUAUGUAAUACUGCUAGAUUGUCUAGAACUAGUCCUAGCAGAAUACAGUCGAAGCUCUCCAUGCGACCACUCUCGUGGUCUAGUUACGACCACCUUUGUGAAACCCCGUUUGGACAGUGACUUAAACAAUUUAGUUAAAAAGCUCUUGUAAGCGACCACUCCAGUAAGCGGCCGUGAACGCUUUUGGGAUUACCCAAAUGGACGGGGUGGUCGCUUACGAGAGCUUCGACUGUAUCUAGAACGUUCUUAUCCUAGCAGUAUGCUGGAUGUUUGUCACGUGAACCUAGUUUAGUGGCCUUAAUCAUUUGUAGCUCAGUGGUAGAGCAUCUGGACUGGUAGCCAGAAAGUCAUAGGUUUUCUUUUGUUUUCCCAGCCAAAAGCAUCAAUCCAUUCAACUAAACAGCCAUGACAGAGCCCCUUUAAGUUUUUGUUUUGUUCGCCUGCAGGUGCACUUACCAAAGGUGACAGACGAGCAGCGACUGGGGCCGACUUAACGCAGUUUAAUUUAGACACGCCUUACGGCCGAUCUGCACUCAGGAACAUGUACCAAGCCAUUACUUUGGUAUGUCAGAUAGCCUGUUUCGGGAUAAAAGAUAAUAGCGUAGUAACUAGCUAAAUUGUUUUUUAUUCUCGAUAUUUUUGACCAACUAGUUGGAUUUUACUAAAACAAUUAUUCCUCUCGCCCUCAUGGCCUCUUAGUCAAUAGCCCAUGAGGCCGAAGGCCUCAUGGGCUAUUGACUCAGAGCCCAUUCGGGCUCGAGGAAUAAUUGCUAAAAAUCCCACGUUAAAGCACCCCCCGGUUUUAAACCCUCUCCCGGAUCUAAGUCCAUCUCUUUGCUAACGAAGAUAUUACAUAUUCCGGAUACAAGUCCCCCGGAUAUAAUCCCCCCCGCCCCUAUUUAUAAGCCUACCCAAAACCCCUCAAGACGUUAUAUAAGCCCAGGGUUUUAACGUGAGAUUUUACGGUAUCGGUAUGUCAGAAGUGGUCACGAAUUAGAACCAUGUGUGCUUGUUGCUUGUGUCAUCUACGACCGAGCGUUUUUUAUUUGAACUUGGGAUUUAUUUUGCCUUUUUUUUUUUCAGCAAUCCAUUUGUCCCGGAGUUGCUUUGUCUAAGGUUCUGUUAGCAGCACAAAUUCCCGACAAGCAUGAAUUCACAGAGUUUAACUCUAUCGCAAGGGUGAGUUUUACUUCGUUGGUCGCGAACGUGGUUAAAAUUCUUGUUUAAUUUCUCUCCUUAAAAGUGGAUUUGGAAACAAAAUUUAUGAUGUCAGAAACAAUUUUAUAUGGCAGUUAGGCAGCGAUAUUGCUUCAUAAAAAUUUUGGGUAACACGUGGGAAUGGAUAAAGGAAAAACGUCAUUUUGUAAUAACAUAUAAUGCGAUCAGUAAAAAAUGACUUGAUAGGAAAAAUUAGAGAGACCUUGAAUAAUGGCAACUCAAUACACCAACAGCUAUUUUGUAACCACCAACAAUUUCUGCAGCUUUAGGAAACCUUUGUGGAAACAGGAGAUACAUUAGUAGCCUGUUUAUAAUAAUAAUAAUAAGCAUUUGGAAAAAUGUAAGCUCCUUGUUUGUCUUGUCCCAUCGCGUUUCUUGCUCCUCAGCAUGGCGUAUUUGUACCACGUGACUAAAGCACUACAAAGCGCCCAUUUCGUUCGGUAGUCUAGCCCGCGCCAUAGACGAAACUAAACUCUGGUUAAGUCUGUCUACGAAAAAGCGCCGAAAUCCUUGUUCUGGGCCCCACUUGUGUACCAGGAUUCAAAUAUGCGCCAUGAUUGGCCUUUUAAAAAUGCCAUUGUCCAUUUGCCAAUCAGGUUGAAAAGAAACUGGAAACGCACUUCUGGCAAAACGCUUAUUCCGUUGUGGGCCCAGAACAAGGAUCUCGGCGCUGUUUCGCAGACAUUACCUGGAAUUGCCUCUCAAAAUAUGAAAAAAUCAAAUCGGCAAGUUUAAAUUUACGCAACUCAGCAUAAAAGCGACUCUAGCAUAGGAGGAUUUGAAGAUUUUAGUCCAGCAUAGGGUAGAAAACUUCAGCUGCACUAGCUUUAGUAUAUAGGCUAAGGGUUACAGGGUCCCGGCGGCACAUCCCCGCCCAAAAAAUCCUGAAAAAGUACCCCCCCCCCCGGGGGGGGGGUUAGAUUACAUAUGCGACGUAGGCUAUUGGUAGUCCAGUUUCACAUUAGCGGUUACUUAUGAAGAAAGUCUUUCUCAAAGGUGGUCCAUUACAUUUACCGAGGUGUCCAAAUGACUGAAUUACUCUCAAGUUUAACAAAGCCCUGUUUUCUUUCGUUUCACAGCAAUGUCUUCUGUCCAUGGGAGUAACAGACGCCAGUUUCGUGGUGAAAGACAAAGACGCCAGCGAUGUGGAAAAAUUUCUCAACCGUAUUUUGGGUCUUAGUGUGGAAAGACAAAAUUUGGUAAGUACAAAGAUCCUUCCUGUUUGGUGGCAAUGAAACGUACGUUUGAGGGGAAGUUCUGGGACUACCCUUGUUUCCUAACUUUUUCUGCUAUUUGAACCGCUGUCGUGAAUUUUAUCUGUCGAUUUCUCAGUCUUCUUUUAUCAGUCGAUUUCCCACUCUUCUUUUAUCGAUCGAUUUCUAUAUCAGUCUUCUUUUAUCGUUCGAUUUCCCACUCUUCUUUUAUCGAUCGAUUUCUCAGUCUUCUUUUAUCGAUCGAUUUCUCAGUCUUCUUGUAUCGAUCGAUUUCUCAGUCUUCUUGUAUCGAUCGGUUUCUCAGUCUUCUUUUAUCGAUCGAUUUCUCAGUCUUCUUAUAUCGAUCGAUUUCUCAGUCUUCUUUUAUCGAUCGAUUUCUCAGUCUUCUUUUAUCGAUCGAUUUCCCAGUCUUCUUGUAUCGAUCGAUUUCUCAGUCUUCUUGUAUCGAUCGAUUUCUCAGUCUUCUUGUAUCGAUCGAUAUCUCAGUCUUCUUGUAUCGAUCGAUUUCUCAGUCUUCUUGUAUCGAUCGAUUUCUCAGUCUUCUUUUAUCGGUCGAUUUCCCACUCUUCUUUUAUCGAUCGAUUUCUCAGUCUUCUUUUAUCGAUCGAUUUCUCAGUCUUCUUGUAUCGAUCGAUUUCUCAGUCUUCUUGUAUCGAUCGGUUUCUCAGUCUUCUUUUAUCGAUCGAUUUCUCAGUCUUCUUAUAUCGAUCGAUUUCUCAGUCUUCUUUUAUCGAUCGAUUUCUCAGUCUUCUUGUAUCGAUCGAUAUCUCAGUCUUCUUGUAUCGAUCGAUUUCUCAGUCUUCUUGUAUCGAUCGAUUUCUCAGUCUUCUUUUAUCGGUCGAUUUCCCACUCUUCUUUUAUCGAUCGAUUUCUCAGUCUUCUUUUAUCGAUCGAUUUCUCAGUCUUCUUUUAUUGAUUGAUUUCUCAGUCUUCUUUUGUCGGUCGAUUUCCCACUCUUCUUUUAUCGAUCGAUUUCUCAGUCUUCUUUUAUCGAUCGAUUUCUCAGUCUUCUUGUAUCGAUCGAUUUCUCAGUCUUCUUGUAUCGAUCGAUUUCUCAGUCUUCUUGUAUCGAUCGAUUUCUCACUCUUCUUUUAUCGAUUGAUUUCUCAGUCUUCUUGCAUCGUUCGAUUUCUCAGUCUUCUUGUAUCUUUGUCAGAACUAGCCGGCCAAACUGGUCAUAAUGAAAAUGAAAUGUUUACCAAAAACCCAUCACUGCCGCGCAUACAUUUUAGAGAUAAACAGAUCUGUCCGGAUAGUCCUGAUUAAAAGUGGAAUUCUCCUGGCGGUUGUACUGGUCUGGCCAGCCAGUUCUGACAAAUUGUAAGUGCCCUAAGACUUUCUGUUAUCGAGUUUCCUUUUUUGUUUCUGUUUUCUAUUUUCGUGGUGUUACUCAAUCAGUCGCGUUUUUAGCGCUCAUGGAAUUCGAAUUUUGAAUGAGUCUGAUAUCCAGAUUUUACCGCUCCUUCAGGGUAUAGGGAAGAGGAGAUGGCUGACACCACAAACUCGGCUUCGGUAUCUCAAAUAUAUAACUUUCUCCUCUACACCGGUAACUCGCUAGUAUAGAACAGACGCUUCUGCCUUCCCAAGCUCACUAACCCAGUUUACAGCCACUUUUCUGCUGCGCUACAUCUCACGUGACCACACCCCUUGUGCAAAGCACUUUGCGAUUUUUGCUCAUAAGAAAUGUUUCAUUGUCCCCUGUUUUAUUUGUAGUUAUUCUCGUACUUUUGUGAGUGCCUAAAUGCUGCAAUUGAAACUGCAAAGCGCGAAGGAAGGUAAGUAUCGUUUUUGUUACUGACCAGUUAAUUUCUAAGAAACUAAGUUCUUCACCCCGAAGCGUCGAUCUCUCAUAUUAAGCUUAGGGUCAAUACAGCUUGGCUCUUGCACGAUAAGAUUUGUGUCGCACGCAUCCUCGAAAAAACAUUGGUCUUGCAUUCAUACCCUGGACACAAAUGAAUAAUAUUGCGUGAUAAUUCUUAGGUAUAGUGAAGGCGUGACAGACGUAUCUGGAUCUUCAAUUACGAUGGUCGGCACUGCCCAGCCUGUUUUUAGCGAUUUUCAAAGAGGCCUCAUGGAAACAAAGUAAGUAGUCUUAAUGAAGAUAUGACCCUUCUCAGUCGUGAACGCAAUUUAAGCAAUUGCAAAUUUAGCCCGAAGUUACCAUUAAGUCAAUUCUUAAGGUCAUUCUUCUGUAGUAGAACCUGCAGUGAGAUUUUUGUCAAACUUUGCCGAUUGGAUGUUGUUUGAAAUAAAAUCGCGGGGUCCCCAAUCCCUAUACUCGUUUUGGAGCGGGAGCAACUUGUAAGUGCGCAGUGAUUCCUUGAGAUACCAAGGGAGCUUCCGCAUCAACGACGGCGAUGGCAGCGAAAACGUCACUUUUAAAAUGAAUUUGAGUGGUUUUUUUUGGCGUGCUUAUUCCAGUUCAAUGACAAUGUCAAACUGUAGCGGGUGAAUUUCUUGGGGACCGCACUCAAGUUUAGAUAGAGAAGGAAAAAAAUUCUUCCUCGCUUGUUUACGUCCUCCAUAAACGUGAAAUUAGGCGUUUUCACAUCGUAGUUGUGCAGUGACGGCAACGAAAUGUAGAAAAAUGUGUGAUGCAGGUGCGAAGUUGUUGUUUAGCUAAUAUAAACCUAAGCCCCGUGCAAACGGACGCAACUUAACAUUGUUGGCCAACAACUCCCAACAUUGUUGGAUGUUACAUGUUGCGUCCGUUUGCACAUCCUGUUGGAUGUUGUUGGAUGUUGUUGCGUGUUGUUGCGCAAAGUUUGAAACCGGUCAAACUUUUCAGCAAGCGACUCCCAACAUUUCUUUUCUUGCGUGAUCGCCGAAACGAAGCGCAACAAUGUUGGAUCCUUUUGGACAACUCUUCCAACAUUGUUGGGGCCACGCACGCUCAUUACGCAUGCUUUACAAAGACUCAUGGGUUGUAUGCUUCCCACGAUGCACUGCAGGUCCCAACAUUGUUGGGAGUUGUUGCAUCCGUUUGCACACCACUGCCAACAUGCGCGCAACAACUCCCAACAUUGUUGGCGCAACAAUGUUGGGAGUUGUUGCGUCCGUUUGAACGCAGCCCUAUGAUUUUUUACCUUUCUGGUUGCAGUCGCCGUCGUCAUUAGGGACCUUAAGAUCCGACGACGGCAACGGCAACGGGAACGCCACAAAAGCAAUAGGUUUAAUUAGCAAAACAACAAUUUUGCACGUGCAUCACGCUUUUUUGUACAUUUCUUUGCCGUCACUGCACGACUACGACGUGAAAAUACCUAAUUUAACGUUGUACAGAGGAAGUACACAAGCGACGGCUAAAUUUCCUUUCUCUUUCUGUACUUGGCUAUGGUUCUUAGGAAUUCAACUUUAGGAUGAUUCGCCUACAUUUGAAGAAGUUAGUGACUUGGAGUAAUCGCGAUGAAGAUUGAAAGAACACGAAUUCACUUUUUCAGCGACGUUUUCUCUGCCGUCGCCGUCCUCGGAUCUUAAGGUCCCUAUUGCUAAAGCUCCCGACUAUGAUAAUAUUUAUGAGUACAUGUUUUGAACACGUUUCCGACGGUCGUCUCUCUUUCUACGGUAGAAAUUAGUCUUAAUUUAUUCAAGAAGAAGAACGUUACUGCUCAUUUUAAAAGAAGAGAAAAAAUAAAAGGUCACCAUUCUCGUUUACGAGAAAAUGAAGAUUUAACUCUCUGGGGAGCUCCACUCCAGUGUCAAGGCAAAAGCCGCCUUGUUUUAAGUGCGUGCGUCCUGUUAUGAUCUGUUGGCGCGGGCUUAUCAUGCAAGCGUGAAGUAAUGCGCAAUGCAUACGAAGGAAUAACCUGAAAUCCCUUCUCAGUUAUUUUCAUUUCUUUUUUCAGACACAUGACUGUAAACGUUGAUCGCGGAAUAGGCUGGGAUUCGGCAGUGAAGCAGGUACAAGACAAUGGAAAAAACAAGUUUGACGGGUUUUAUUGUUCCAAAAGGGAACAGAAAGGGAGACGGCUUUACCUUCUAGCGAUACAAAAGGAAUCUUCCACCCAUCUUUUUAACAUUACAAGGUAAAUGUAAGGGCGAAAAACUGCUUUUCACCGAUGUGAACGCCCUAAAAGUUCAAAUUUUAGGUGGGUUGGUUGGUUUAAAUACCGUAACUCCUCUAUACAGCCCUGCCCUCUCUCUUAAAUAAGCACCUUCCCCUCUAACGUUUCAUCUGGACUAAUCCGGUAUGCUCCAUUAACCAGAUUCAGAGACUUGAAGUUGUGAUUUCUUCCUGUAAACGAUAAAGUACAUGCGAUUAAGCCUCCCAGGAUCUAAGCUCCCGGCGCGUCCAAACGAAUUAAAAUGAAUUCGAUUUAUUAUGACAUUUUGAAGCUUGCUUAAAAACCAGUAAAUGCUAAAGGUUUCUUGUUCAGCAUUGCUAUAGAAUGUUUCGAAGCGCCUUUUCUAUUUCGGUUAUUAGCCCCUUCGUUUAUUAGCUCUCUUAAAACCCUUAAGAAAAUGUAUAAACCCAGGGCUUAUAAGCGACAUAUUACGGUUGUGGAAUUUCUACCCAAAGAUAAUUUCCGCUUUUACUUCGUUUUGUUUUUGUGCAGACCAAACACAGGACGGUCUCCUUUUGAAGAAGAAAAAACCGAUCUUCUGCACAAGUACAAUAGGAUUUCACUGGAAGAUGCAGGUAAGGGAGGCGGGCCUAGUCAGGCUAUCUUUUGUAUCUACCAACGGGAAGCCGUGUGAAAUCAGAAGUGCUGUCCGCGUGUUUUACUGUUUUACUGUGAUUUGUUUGAAAUCUAGUACACUGCACGGGUGCCAGCCCGUCCUAAUUUGUAAAAGGUAGGCGAAUAUUCCUGGAGCUAAAUUCUCAAAAAGUGUAGUUAUCUUCAAAAUGAUAAAUAAAAAUUCGUCGUCGUCUCGUCUUCCAUAAAACGUCGCUUUAGGGGAUUUCAUGUCGUAGUCGUGCAGUGGACGUUAAAGAAAUGUACUAAAAAGCGUGGUGUACGUGCAGAGCCGUAUUGUUUUGUUCAUAAAAUGAAUUUUUUGACGUACUCGCUGCCGUCGUCGUUGUGGUUGCAGAGCUUUUAAAAUAAAAGCCAUUAAAUAAAAAAAAUUCUUUUGUUGUAACUUCAUGUUUUGCUAAUCGUUUAACAGGUUACACGAAAAGUAAAACUCGUAAAAUGUCAAGUACUUUGAUUGGUCAGGAACUAAAUACUGUGGUAUACUUUUGAUUCAUUAGAGGCUGGAUGGAAAGCACAGUACGAAAGAACCAGAGAUCACUGUAUUCACGGAUUAGGCUGCAAGACUGGACCUUCUUGUAAAAGUAAGUGAAAACUUUAUUACAGUGGUGCAUUUCUUAGAAGUCUCCUUAAGAGACCACGAGGAAGUGACUCGACAAAAUGAUUUAAUCCUUCUUUAAAAGAAUAACUCCAACAAUUUGUUAAUGAAUGAACGAAUAAACUUUAUGAACGUGUCAAUACAAUAUCUAGUAGAGAGGAAUCCCUCAUCUAAUAGGGGACACCUAAAGCGCGAUACAAUGGUGACAUUCAGUUGCAAUAAAACGAAUUUUUUAAAUUUACAGUGAACACGAUACAAUGAAAAGUUAUUAACUUGUUAGUGGCUAGCUUUAAAAAAAUACGUAACGUUGAUGGGUAAUGCAGUCCAUGAUUAAGAUAUGGUCAUGCUAUCUUUCUUUAUCCCAUCCCAUCCUAUCCUAUCCUAUACCAUCGCAUUCCAUUCCGUCCUAUCCUGACCUGUUCAUUAGAAAGAAAAGACAGCAUAAUAGCAUUCUAAUAUCAAUACCUUAUAUGGUUACUUGGUAUUGGCCAUUUUGGGGUUGCGCGUCAGGUUCAGGUUGUUGGUAUGUCGAGAGCACUUUGAUCCCUUUUGGGACGCUAUGGCUUCACUCAUUGGCUGUUACGAGGUUGCGCAAGAAACUGGGUUAAAAUUUCUCUCGCAAAACAGUCCCAUAGUGCAAUUGGACUGGGCACUCUGUGGUCAAGAGUGAAAUUUCACAUAUAUUUACAUGAGGUCAAACGGCAACCAUAAAAUGGCUAAUCAUUGGACCGAUCACCGUUUCUGGAAAAACUCCCAACCUAGAGCUCCGAACCCCUAACCCAUGUUUCUUUCCUAAAGCCACCCGUUAGGGAAAAACGAGAGUUAAGGUGGGUUGGGAAGGACCCAGAAACUGUAAAUAAUUCGACGAGAUCCCGUUUUUGUUUGUUUGUCAGUCGGCUGUCGCAUUAAUCAGAUCCAUUUAUUGUGUGGUGGAAUUAUUCCUCUGUUGUCUGCGUUGGAGAUGGCCAUGGCUAAAAAUGCUGAUAAAAUUGGUCUUAGGUAAGUAACUCUUAACCCCUUCGCUUCCAAAAGAACUGAUUAUCAAAAGCAUGAAUCGCUAUAAAAGCCGAAGCACUGCUAAAAAGGUUAUAUGUGAAUGGUCGCACAAUGUAUUCACAGUAUGUUUUAGCGGUUGAUAUUUUGUCCGUCUGGCGACUUCGGUUCCCGAGGCGUGAGUUUUGGUCGUGUCAUUGUGUUUGGUUCUUGUCGCCGAGCAGUUUUUCUUUUUCCUUUUUGUUGCAGCAAGGAAAGUCGAUCUCUGAGAGAAGUCCGCGUUGAGCUAGAUAACGGUCAGCGACUGGUAGGUCUGCGUUACCCAGAGCAACUCAUACCGGAAGCUACAUUGUUUCUGAAGGAGCAAAAGUUGCUCGACGCCGUUAUCGUAAGUAAAUAUUGAUUUGUAUAAAGAAAAGUGUAAAAAAUUCUCAUCACACAUUUUUGGCCAAGCACUCGUGUUAAAGAACAGUUCCCGACCGGUCCUUAAUUUUAGCAGCGUUGAACGAUUGAUAACCACACUCAGUCAUCAUCAAUAACUCCUCUUACCCAAGAGUGACCAACAUUAAUUUUCUCCUAACAAUAAUAUUUAACAAUUAUUCCUCUCGCCUUCAUGGCCUCUGAGUCAAUAGCCCAUGAGGCCGAAGGCCAAAUGGGCUAUCGACUUAGAGGCCAUGAGGGCGAGAGGAAUAAUUUUUUUUAGUAAAAUCCAACUAGCUGGUCAAAAAUAUCGAGUCAAAACAGGUUUAGCUGGUUAAAGCUAGACUUUAAUCCUUUUUUUGCCGCCAAAAAGCCCGCGCUUUUCGCUACUAGUGGGCUAUAACAUAUAGCCUAGUAGUAGCUCAACCAAUCAGAACGCAGCAUUGAUAAUAGACCACUAGUUGGAUUUUACUAAAUAGACUUAGCCAGGGCUAAAAGCGAAGCUCUGGUUAAUAAUACUUAUAAACAAGAAAAAUUAAAACGUGUAAUGCUAAACGGGGACGGCAAUGAAAAUGGCAUCAAGUUUAAUAGAUUUAAUUAGCAAAAAAACAAAUUGCACGUGCACCACACUUUUUUUUCUAAUUAGCAAAAAAACAAAUUGCACGUGCACCACACUUUUUUUUCUAAUUAGCAAAAAAACAAAUUUACACGUGCAGCACGCUUUUUGUCUUUCUUUGCCGUUGUUUUGCACAACUACAACGCUGUUUUGUUGGACUAAAUCGUCAAACGUCCUAGCUACACAUUAUUUUUAUGGAGGAAUUGUCGUAUGUGCUUACCCAAUAUUUUGUCUCCUGUGUUCAUGUUCGCUUUUAUUUUUCACUGCCCCUCAUUUUCACCUUGCUGGGCGUUCCUUGCUGGCCGCUAGCAUUUCUCAUUGUCUCACCGCCGCUUUGAAUUGUCAUGUGUUUCUUCCUACAGAAUUCGGCUGUAGCUCUUUCUCUGUUAUCCACGUGAAUGUAAACAUCAAAAAUAACAUCGAAAAAUACAUGACUUUGUACUUCUCACUUAGGGCAAAAUGUUGGCUUAGGGGAGGGGUAGGUCGGCAGUUUCCCAGAAGCGUGUAAUGAUCCAUAAUAUCAAUACGUAACCAAGAGAAAAGGUUAUAAGAAUUAAUAAAAUGUAACCAAAAGUUGAUCUUUUACAAAAUUCUCUAUACGUGAAGAAAAAGUCUGAAGAUUUUAUUUGUCUGUGGAUACUGGGUUUUCGUAGUACACAACAGAGAAUAGAGUGUUUUCACUCACGUGGCCAGCAUCUAUGCAAAUUUAUUGGAACAAAAGAAAGCAUUUGCAUAAGAAAAGAGUUCAACUCCCAGAGGACUGGUUUGGGACACCAACAUGGCCGCCGUUUCAUUGUUUUGGGACAGCAAUAUGGCCGCCGUGACGUCAUGUGAAAACACUCUAUAAGUUUUAUUUUAACAUCGCAGCAUGAUCUUGUUACUUAUCUGAUAUUUAUUUCAGAUUAUUAAUAACCUGCGAGUUCAGCCUUCUCUCAUUGCCCCCGUUUCUGGGGACGUUAGCGAGAGUUUGGUUAAAAUUUUUAUCAUGCUUUACUACUGCUUCUAGGCUUCAACUUUGAACCGGGUUAGGUAUUGCUUUGACUUAAACGAUUAUCUUUUUUUUGUUGUUGUUGUUUUUCCUUUAUUUUCUAGGACAAACAAAAUGAACGGCUUGGAAACUAAAAUUUCGAGGACGUUUUAGGACUUUUUACAUUUAGGGCAUGAAUUUUUCGUCAUUUCAGGCCAUGGAACCUAAAAAUGAGCCUAGCUAGCUGUAAAAAGGGGCAAUACGGAGGCAAUACGUCCUAGCCGGCAUGAUCACAUGCUGUUUACGGAAAAUUCCCUCAUCCAUGUCAGGAAAUUCUGUAUUUUAAAGCCUCCCCUAGGGCAUGACUCAGCAAUUGAGGACAUUUCUGCUAUGUUUUCAUUGUUGGUUAGCAUGCAAGGAUUUUUCGCGUGCCUAUCGUCAAUGAUUUGCUCACUGGUAAUAGAGGGGGUGGCCCCAGAGUGGUUUUGCAUUGAAAUUGGCAUGCAACAGAAUUUCGCAUGCCCUGUAAGCAUAAUUUGAGGUUCUGUGAUCUUCUCACCCAGGCCGCGAGAAGCCUAGGUUCUAGUAAUAAGUAAUUCAUACCAAGCAAAAUCUCCGGCAUGCCGGGCAUGCCAAAUUUUCUGACAUGCCCGGCAUGCUAAAUUCUCUGGAAUGCCGGGCGUGCCAUAAUCUGGGUCAUGCCGGGCAUGCCAAAAUUGGUCUCUGGCAUGCUCUCAACGCACAGGUUAUAAUUCCUUGAAUCUACAGAUAUUUUAAGCCUGGCUAAAAACAAAAAAAAAAACUAAACAGAUCACAGUGCUUAUCUUUUGAUGUACGGUUACACGAUGACGUCAUUGCUAUUCCUUUCGUUUUCAUAGAUUUGGUUGUCCCAGAGAACUUUAAAUAACAAAAGCUCUAAUUUUCACAAGCAAGUAAAACCCUGAGGGAUUCGUCCGUAGUAAUAAAACAGCGUCAUCGUGGAGAUGACCCGUUGGGGGAUUGUAAAAACUCCUCACCCCUUUUAAUGACUCUUUAAUAGGAUUCCCAUUUCACAUUGCGAAUAAAAUGGAAUUGACUGAAAUCAGUAAAAAGAGAGACAGAGACUAUUUUCAUUGUAUAAUAAAAUGCAUCUAUGUUCCAUGAAAGCUUUUAAAAAUACAAGGUUAUAGAAUAUCUUUCAAAGUUCACUACAAACUGAGCUAAGCCCCAAAAUCAUUGUUCAUUAUUCAGUAAAUUAUGAUGUUUGACAAUGCAACGUGCUUGAAUAUAACGUUGCAAUUACAAAUCUCUCUAACGCAAUUUUCCCUACGUUAGAAAAGCUGUUAGAAAGUCUGAGUUCCUCUUUCUUGUUUUGUAGGCUUGCCAGGGAUUAAUGUUUUUGUGUCAUUACCAGUGUCUGUGUUCUUUGUUUUUAACUAAAAGUAAGUCAGUAAUAACUGACAGUAUCAAAGAAUUGCUCUCUAGAAAAGUAAUUAUCUCCUCGUCAUGUCUGGAAGUUACCUGUAACAAAAAAGAAAUGGAAUGUUAACACAUGCAAGGGCAAUAUGAAAAAAAAAGAAAUAAAACAUGUAGACUCAGCUUCUCUUAACAUAUUUUCAUACUGGCUUGUUGAGUCUGUUAAAGGUCGCAACUAAUUGUCUGAGGCUAAUUUCACAAGAGUGUGCAAUUGAGAUAAAUGCAUGGUAAAUAAAGUGAAAGAAACGUGGUUUCACAUUAGCUAAUUUACAUUGCGUUGUUCGAUGAUGUUUACACGCUUUUCUACUGCGAAAUAAACCUUUGCAUUUGGAUUUGCAAGUCAAGAUUAUACCGAGUUUGACUGACACUUAAUAGAACAACAGUUUCAUUUUUAAACAGGUAAGGUGUAGACCCAUAUAAAGCCGGAAUAUGUGAAGGAAACUCAGCGAAAACUUUUUCGCAUCUUUUUGUGGCGAUAUUCUCUCACGGCCCGUCAACUGAUUAGGGGUUGCGAAGAAAAAAAAUAAAUUAGGACCAAAGGUUAAAGCCUGUCCGGUUACACCAUUUCGUAUGUUACCUAGUGUUCUAAUAAAUAGGUCAUAAAACAGGAUUUAACGAGUGCGAAUUUGUUUCUCAAUCGGUGUAUAAAAAAGUGAGGCUAUCAAAUGAGAAGUUUAUAGAGCAUCAAAAUUAUUAAAUUAAAAGCUCACAUAAUUAGGAAAAUUCCUAUACGAAAAUAAUGCUAGUGACAUUAAAUUGAUCAGAUAAAAUUCUCAGAAAAUAUGUCGAAUAAAAGCCUCAUUGUUUGCUUUUGUUUUUGCGUAAAGGUAAAUUUUUCGGCCCACAAAGCAAAGUUGAAAAAGCGACUAAAUCUUAGUUUUUUACAUUGAACAUGUUUAUUAGCUUAGUUUUCGUCCGUUUUAAAAGCUUUAUAACCCAAUCAUAAUUUAAUCAUAAAAUAGUACAAAAUCAUUUCAAAAACCAUGUUCAUUGAAAGUAGAGCCGGCAAACGUGAACAUUUUGUAAUUCAAAAGUCGGACCGAGCCAGGUUGUUUAAGCUUAGAAUUAUUUGCAUUUUAGCGUCCUAUAAAUUUACCAGAAUCGCCUCUCAGAGGCUUACUGUAGCAAAGCAAUUUGUAGUACACUCGUAGACAAGCAAUGUAAGCCUUAAGUCUUUGCUUGGAUGAGAUGUCCAAAAGAAAAAUUAGUUUUGUGGACCUAAACGCACAUUCACAGACUGCUUUUAUUGAGUUGUUUACAACUUUGCAUUGACACACGCGGCAUGUUCAUUUUUUUAAAGCGAAAUCCAAAUCUGAUUUUGGCAUUUGAUUUACGGAUAUUUUAUUUUGUCUCCAAAAGUGAUUGUAAUAUCCGUUUGAUUGCCUUUCAAACAACAGUCAAACUAUGCAGCAAAAAUAAGUAACUUUACCAGUACAGUGAAAAAAAUAUGACCGUAGGUGCCAAAAAUAAUUAUACUCGAGCUAUAAAAUUAUAUCUGACUUUUUUUAGCUUUGGUUUCUUAUUAUUGAAGUUUUCUCUAGUCUUCUUAGCAGCAGAAGAAGAUUACAAGACACAAACAGAAACAAUCCGAAGUGAACGAGAUGACAACCACUUAUGCCGGAGUUCUUAGGCAUGCUCAACAGCAAGAUAAACUGAAUGCCUAAAGGCUAAUUCACGGCAUUUGUUCAAUAUUCAGGCUUUUUCUUUACCAAAUUAAUACUAAAUUUGUACUUACAGUCUCUCGCAGAGUCCAUUUCUUGUUCAGCAUUCACCAACAUCUCAACCAUGCACCGCAGAAAAAAAAGACAAACAAGUGCGAAGAGACAUGACGACAUCGUGACGCGACAACUGCCACGCUACAACAAACUAGAUUCAUCGUCAUCCGAAAACACUUCUGCGGAAAUUCGGCCCAUUUCGUGCGUGCUCGGGGUAUCUUCGAAUGACGCAGAUGACGUUGCUCAAAGGACUAUCGUCAGCAAGGAGUAAAACAGUUUGCGAGAUUCGCAUAGCCGACAUGGAGCGCACUGAAAAACUAAGCAAAAUCUCUCUGAGAAGGCAGUCCAAAUUCACCAAAUCAGAACGUCUUUGCAGUAUUAACGUCGUACUCUCGUACUGACUUGAAAGACCUGGUAAGCUUAAUUUUCACCGGUCUGUUAAUGCUGUCGGCCGGGAAACAUUCCGACGCCAUAAAACUUAAGCAUGGAUAAGUUCAUACUGAGAAGAUUUGUUAUCUUAUUGUUUAAGACGCUUUUCCCCGAUCAAAUUUAAAUCUGGACCCAGAAAUGUCAGUAUCGGUUUGAAAUAAAAGGAUUGAUCUUUGAUUGCAAGUUAAGUAUUCUAUUUUAUGCAUGAAUAAUGUUGUUUUGUUGUGCUUUUUAUUUAUAAAUCCAGGCUUCUGUCUUCAGUUUUGCCAGUCGAUCCCGUGACACACAUUGUGACAAACAUGACUUUUUUUUGUUAUAUUCUGCAUUUAUUGCCAGGCUUGAAACCUGUAACUUCAAGCUCCCUAAGAUGUAUUUGGCGAUUAUAUGUGAUUCUCAGGAUAUGAUGCUGAAGCGAACAUCAAAAUCAGUCUCGCUGGGCAUGCCAAUUUGUUGCCUGGCAUGCCGGGCAUGCCAAACCAAGUGGCUUCACCAUCGGCAUGCCCGGCAUGCCAAACCAGAGGAGCAAAAACUGGGAAUGAAUGAUCAACCCGGCGAGAGAUCUGGGACCUAAGGUUGGCUGGGUCAAUUUUGGGCUGCGAGGGCAUGAACCCAUUUUUUUCAUGCCUAUGAGAUGUUAUUUCUAAGUACCAAUGUUCCCUUGAAUUUUGUCAUGCCUAAAUAUAUAAAAUUUUCCCUCUCUCAUUAAUCCUCAGACUGGAUGCGAUUUUUACGCUCGCUAGGCAUGUUCAACUGAAAAUCAUGCCCAUACCCUUAUUCAAAACAAAAUGCUAUCAAAUUUUAGUUUCCAAGCCGUUAAUGGUGUUUUGAGUUCAACAGAACCUUCCCUUAGACAGCCAUCAAAAGCCAGCCGAGCGUUUGAGGAAGCGGAAACGCCCAUCAACCAAAGGACGUUAAUUAAGGCUACUACUCCUCCUGUAACUAUAAAGAAUUUCUUUAAACCGAAGACUGUUGAACGAUCACCUGAGAGUAAUAAAAGUGCAUCAGAACAUCAGGAUGUUAAGGAAAAGAGCGGGGAAAAUGACUGCAAUGAGAUCGAAAAUCAAGAAAUCGAGAACAACGCCAAAAACAGCACGGAUGACAAACAAGCAACGAUCAAAGUAAGUAAGAAGGAAGUCAAAUCAAUAUACUUUAAAUCGAAGGGAAGAGAAAAGGAAGAGCUCCCGGAAAAUAAAGGACCUUUCAAAGGUACUGCUAAGUGUAAUGGUCUUGUGCGCCACCUUUCGGAACCCCUUUCGAAAGAGAAUCUUCAAGGAAAGAACUCUUUGAAACGAACUAGUUCUGAAGCGUCGUCAAGAGCAUUUUGUCUUCGUUUGGGAAAUGGACUGACAAAGAUUCUAAGGACCAAAUGGAGAAGGAAAUUCUCUGCCCUGUUUGUGGGGAGAAAUCUGCGAGCGGAUUGA